GGUGGUAAUGUUUCUGGUAAUAUGAACUUUAAUCCAAACAUGAAUAAUCAAGGUGCAAGUUCUAAUCCUCAACAGAAUAGACCUAUGAAUAUUCAGCCAGCUCAGGCCAAUAGACUCAUUCAAGAGCUUAGAAAUGAAUGGGCUCUUGCAAAAGCAGCCGGUGAUAACCAAGCUGAAGCACAACAGCAUUACAGAAGAGCAGAACAAAUAAAACAAGUUUUGAUUAAAUAUCAUGCACAAAGAAAUGCCAGACAACAACAGGCUCAACAACAACAACAACCACAAUUUCAAGGUAGCGGAACCCCCUCUUCUCAAUCUUCUCAACAAGGACUCAAUCAAUCUCAACAACAAUUUCAAAACACAAGCGUCUCUCCCGGACCACAACAACUGCCACAACAAAACCCCUCCAACCCUCCUUUAUCUCAACAACCAACUCAGCAAUUGAAUAAUAAUCCUACUAAUACUAUGCAGCAAAUGGGAGCUGGAUCCCCUGCCCCACAAUCGUCAGGAACUCCUCAACCUCGUCAAGGCUCACCAGGUGCUCCAAAUAAUCAAAUUUCAAUUGAAAAUUUCAAUCAAGUCAAGUCCAGAAUGAUAAGUCUUGAUGGAAAAAUCAAACAACUUAAUGCGGCUAAGAAUACUCCCAACUUGACUCCGGAACAACUUGCUGCUAUUGAUAAUCAAUUGAAUGAUUUCAAUCUGAAAUUAGGUAAAUGUCAACAAGUUGCUUUAAUAAUAAGAGAACAAUUAACAAGAAGAAAUGCUGCUCUUUCUUACUCAAAUAAUAACUUCAAUGCUGGUACUCCUGGUGCUCUGUCUUCAUCACAAAUGUCCCAGAAUCAACAGAGUCAACAAUUGCCCCAAAGUCAACAACAGUCUCCAAUUAACCAAACAGCUCCAAGCCCAGCUGCAAAUCAAAUCAACCCACAAUCACAAGCUAAGAUCCCCCCACAACCGAAGCCAAAAACUCCUUUACCGAAACAACAACCAAAGCCCACUGCAACAGCACCUCAAGAUACCCAAGGAGCACAGGGUGCUCAACCAAAUCAAGGCAGAAAAUUAUCAUCAGCUCAGCUCAAAGGAACUCCUGGUGCUUCUGAGACCCCAAUUCCUAGGGCAAGUGCAACCACAACUCCAAAUACUGCAGCUGCAAAUGCAGUGGCUAAUAAUGCUCAAAUAAAUAAAUCGAGUAAAACGUCAUCCCCAGCUCCUUCAAGUAAAGGUAGUGCCUCUCAGCCUCCCGGACCACCAGCAGUAAAUUUAGCAGGGAUAACCAAACCAAGUGUACCACCAGUUCCAAUCUCUAAUAGUAUUAAUGUCAAACCACCUAAUCCUGUGACUUUGAAGCCUGGUGGAAACAAUACUCGUGCCACAUUAACUGGUGGAUCUGCUAAUGGUUUUGGUCAAGUUGUUGGUACUCCGGCUGUUGUUAAAAUGCCUACAUUUGAUUUAGCUACUACUGGUGCAGGAGGUCCUAUUCCAGAUAACAAUGGCCGCGUGUUAACAAAGAGAAAGCUCACGGAGUUGGUUAAUACAAUUGGAGCAGAUGAAGGUGAUGGAAAAACAAACAUUGAUGGUGAUGUUGAAGAACUUUUACUUGAUUUGGCUGAUGAGUUUAUCACUUCUGUUACAGGAUUUGCCUGUAGAUUAGCAAAACACAGAAAAGUGGAUUCAGUUGAUGUGAGAGACGUUCAAUUACAUUUAGAAAGAAACUGGAAUAUCAGAAUCCCGGGUUAUGCAAUGGAUGAAAUAAGAGCCACCAGAAAAUGGCAACCAAGCUCAAGCUACAACCAAAAAGUUUCUGGUGUUGAAAUUUCUAAAUCUGUUAAUGGGAAUAUAAAUUAAAAUAUAUGAUUUAUCUAAGGUAGAAUAAGUAAAUAUUUUAUAAAUUUUAAUCUAGCUUUACUUUAAGGAA